ACAAGUGGAAUAAUGUCGUACUACAAUUUUAACACGCCUGAAGAAGAUGCGAGGAAGAACAAUAUUUCACAGUUCCUUGAUGGGCUUUUAGAAGAAAACGCAACCUCUGAAUCCAAUGCUGGUAACCCUUCAACUACCUUCCUAAAACCAGAAGGCAGAAAAGCAGACGUGGGAAAAAAACAGGACCUGAAACGGUCAAAAAUUACUUUAGCUGCUGGGCAAAAACGAAAACGAGUUUUUUGCGAGUGUAAAUUUGCACAACGUCGGUUUCUGCCUGAGAGUGAGCUCCGCGCAUUCAAACAUCAUUCUGAUUUGCUUAAAGAAAAUGAGAAAAAUAUUCUGAAAAUCCCAUUUUCUAUUCACAAUAUAAAGCACAGUGAUACACUCGUGCAUAUAUACACAGGCAUACCAGAGGCCAGAGGAUUUUUUCAUUUGGCAGCUAUGUUUCGCAAGGAACACAUUUCAUAUUAUUUGGGCUGGAUUGUCGGCCAACUAACAAUUAAACAGCAACUUUUGAUGACGUUAAUGAAACUUAGGCUUGGGUUAACAGAUAUUCAUUUAUCACAUAGGUAUGUUAAGAAUAAUUGA